CUACGAUGGCCGAUCAGACCCCCAGGAGCACUUCAGCCGCUAUCAAAACAACAUGCUGAUGGUGAAUGCGUCAGACGAAUACCUCUGCCGUUGGUUCCUCUCUACUCUCGAGGGGCCAGCGUACGAGUGGUUCAACGGACUGCCAGAGGGAGGCAUCGACUCAUGGCAAGAUCUCGCCCAACGCUUCCUCACUCACUUUGCCGGAAGGAAGCGCUCCAAGAAGUAUUUCACCCACCUCCUCUCCGUCAAACAGCAGCACGAGGAGUCCCUCCGGUCAUUCAUCGACCGGUGGACGAGGGAGACAGAGGAAGUCGAGGGGGCCGAUGAGCGUACCCUCCUCGCCUUGUACCAGGGAGCCCUCCGCAGCUCCCCAUACGCCAGGAGUCUCAUCACUGACCCCCCGAGGUCGUACGCCAAGGCGCUCCAACGCGGAGGCUUGUAUGCGGACGCCGACGAGCUCCACAAUCACAAGAGAGAGGGGGGCCAUCCCCCCAAGAAGACAAAUCCUUCGCCGGCCUCGGGUCCGUCCCCGGCCGGCCAGGGUGCCCAGGGCCGCCACGGCUAUGGUGGACAAAGUAAGAAAGACCGCCACUGGCGGCCGAGGCUGGAACGGCCGGGGUAGCCCUCACCCACCCGGUCGGCACCAUCCUCGAUUAUGCCGAGAAGCACGGCCUCAUCGAGCAGGCUCCCCGGCCGGCCGAGGAGAUCCUGGCCAUCCAGCAGGGCGGCACGUACUGCCGGUUCCACAAGAACUCGUCGCACAACACCGACGAUUGCAUCACAUUGAAAAGAGCCAUCGAGCGCCUCAUUCGCCAGGGGGAACUCUCCCAGUUUGUCAAAGGUGGCCCACGCAAAAACACUUGGGUAAACACCGGCAAACGUGGGGGCGAACCCUCUGUGAAGAAGCGCGAGAUUGGUAGGCUCAGCGACGACGAGGACUUCGAGAAGCCUCCGCCGAAGAAAAAUCACAUCCACCUUAUCGUAGGCGGGAACACUGGGGGGGACUCCGCCACUCAGAGAAAGAAGUGGGCCCAAUCCCUUUACAUUGGAGAGGUGUCCCACGUUCCCCCCCAGCCGAAGAAGCAGCGAACGGAGGCGAUCACCUUCACCGACAAGGAUCUGCCUCCGGGUACGGAGUCACACCGGGACGCCCUCGUCAUCCGAUGUGAGAUCGGUGAUUCCAUCAUCCACCGUACUUACAUCGAUACGGGGAGCUCCGUCAAUGUGAUGUACUUGGACACCUUCAAGCAGCUGAAGCUGGACAGAGCUCUGUUGAAGCCGAUCAAGACCCCGUUAUCCGGCUUCACCGGGGACUCUAUCGACGCCGAGGGCAUGAUAGUCCUCCCCGUGGAAGUCGAUGACGGCCCCCAUCAUGCCAAAAUUGACAUGGAGUUCAUGGUGGUCAACCUCCAGUGCGCCCACAACCUAAUCUUGGGCCGGCCAGCGCUGGAGGACUUGGAGGCCAUCACCUCCAUGAAGCACCUAUGCUUGAAGUUCCCCACAAAUGACGGCAUCGGCUACGCCAGAGGAAAUCAGAGGAUAGCCAGAGCUUGCUACCUCAAGCUGACGAGGCCGGCCGAAAGGGAAGGACAGCGGAUAGACACCAUCACGGCCGCCGUCGCCAUGGACGAGGAGAGGCCACAUGCGGAGCCGACCGAGGAGGUCGAGGAAAUCCCUCUGGAUACCUCCCGGCCGGAGCGGGUUCUCAGGGUCGGAAAGCAACUCCCCCAGGACCAACGAGACGCCAUCCUCCUCGUCCUACGGUCAUACUCCGUUGUCUUCGCGUGGGGCCCGGACGAUAUGCCCGGCAUCAGCCGCCAGGUGAUCACUCACCGGCUGACCGUCGAUCCGGCCUCCGCGCCCGUCAAACAGAAGCGGCGCUACUUAUCCGCUGACAGGCGGGACUUCGUCAAAGGGGAGGUCGCCAUGCUCCUAUCGAUCAAACAUAUCAAAGAGGUGAAGUACCCAACAUGGUUGGCCAACGUCGUCCUCGCACAAAAACCGCCGACGUUCAGAAUGUGUGUUGACUACACUGACCUGAACAAGGCGUGCCCCAUGGACCCGUUCCCUCUCCCCAACAUUGAUCAGUUGGUGGACGAGACGGCGGGGUGCGAGUUGAUGUCGUUCCUCGACGCUUUCAGAGGGUACCACCAGAUCUCCAUGCACGAAGAUGACGCCGAGAAGACGGCAUUCAUGACCCCAGAGGGAAUAUUUUGCUACCUCGUCAUGGCCUUCGGACUCAAAAACUCCGGCGCCACCUAUACUAGGAUGGUGGCCAAAAUCUUCAGAGCGGUCCUUGGCCGGACGAUGGAGGCGUACGUCGACGACAUGAUCGUCAAGAGCAGGCAGGCCACCUCCCACGCCGACGACCUCCGGGAAAUCUUUGAUAUCAUGAAGGAAUUCAGGCUCCGCCUUAACCCCAAGAAGUGCGCCUUCAGCGUCCAAGGCGGCAAGUUCCUUGGCUACAUGGUCAGCCGGAGAGGCAUCAAGAUAAACCCGGAGAAGACGCAGGCCAUCAUCAACAUGGAGCCGCCCCGCAACGUCAAGGAGGUACAGCGACUAACGGGGCGCCUGGCGGCCCUAAACCGGUUCCUCUCCAGGUCAGCCGAGAGGGCACUCCCUUUCUUCCACAUCAUGCGCAAGGCGAACAGCUUCAAGUGGACGACGGAGUGCCAGGAAGCAUUUGACGAAUUGAAAAGGUACCUGUCGUCCCCACCCGUACUCUCCAAGCCCAAAGCCGGCGAAACCCUCUUCCUGUACUUAGGGGUGAGCACGUCGGCCAUCAGCUCCGUGCUCAUCCGUGAGGACGAAGGGGUGCAGAAGGCAAUCUUCUACAUCAGCAAGACGCUCAGGGAGGCCGAGCUCAGGUACUCCCCUAUUGAGAAGACGGUGCUGGCUAUCGUCCACACCGUGAAGAAGCUGGGGCACUAUUUCCAAGCCCACACCGUCCAUGUGCUGACCCAGCAGCCUCUUGGCGCGCUCAUGAGGAGCCCCACUAGCUCCUCGAGGAUGGUGAAAUGGGCGAUCUUCCUCAGCCAGUUUCAGAUUGAGAUCAAGCCACGGCCAUCUAUCAAGGGGCAAGCCUUGGCCGACUUCGUCAUUGAAUGCACAGCAAGGGAGACAGCCGUCGCCAACUCCGGGCCGGAGCCGGACGAUACGUGGACCCUUUUCACUGACGGCUCGUCGGCCGCGAAAUCAUGCGGUGGCGGCGUCGUCCUCAUAUCCCCUGAAGGAUUCAGAGCUUACUAUGCCAUCCGCUUCAACUUCAGGGUAUCCAACAACGAAGCCGAGUAUGAGGCCCUCCUCAGCGGUCUCAGACUCGCCGCCGGCCUCAAGGCCAAACACCUCAGAAUCAAGUGCGAUUCCAAACUGGUAGUGGGCCAGGUGGAGGGAUCGUACGAAGCAAAGGAAGGCCGGAUGAAGCAGUACAAACAAGCGACGGAGGAAUUGCUGAAAGCGUUUGAAACCCAUGAGAUCACUCAGAUCCCAAGGGCCGAGAACGCCAAAGCCGACAUCCUCUCCAAGCUCAGCUCGGACACCCCGGAGCACAUCUCCCAGUUGGCCAAGAUCGAGGAGUUGAGCAUGUCCAGUAUCCAUGCCAGCCCCGUCUUGUGCGUCCACCAACGACCAGAGGACUGGAUCUCCGACAUCGCCACCUUCAUCACAACGGGGGAGUUGCCCCCGGACGAGGAGAGGGCCAAACUUGCCAAACUCAGGGCCCCAAGCUACACCAUAGAAGAUGGCAAACUCUACAAACGGUCCUACAAUGGCACUCUCCUCCGAUGUCUGCACCAGGACGAGGCCGAUACCGCCAUGGAAGAAGUUCAUUGUGGCGUCUGCUCCUCGCACCAGGGUCCUUUCAGCAUGUCCCGGCGUCUCGUCGUCCAGGGCUUCUUCUGGCCGACGAUGGCAAGGGACUGCGCUGACCUGGCCAGGAAGUGCACCACAUGCCAGGUACUCCAGAAGGCCCCUGGUCGGCCAGCUGUCAACUAUGCCCCGGUCAGCACCGCAAUUCCAUUCUCCAGAUGGGGGAUUGACCUGGUCGGCCCCCUGCCCAGAGCCGCCGGUAAUAACCGCUACAUCAUCGUCGCCGUCGACUACUUCACCAAGUGGGUCGAGGCGGAACCCUUGGCCAGCAUCACGGGGGCCAGAUGCCAAAGGUUUGUUUACAAGAACAUCAUUACACGCUUCGGCGUCCCCCAGGAGAUUAUAUCAGACAACGGCACCCAAUUCGAGGCAGCCCCUUUCCAGGAGCUCCUCCGGGAGUUUGGGGUGAGGCACCGUUUCUCCUCCGUUGCCUAUCCUCAGGGCAACGGGCAGGUCGAGAACGCCAACAGAACAAUAAUGGAGGGGCUGAAGAAGAACCUCCAGGCCGCAGGAGGUAGUUGGGUCGACGAGCUCCCCAACAUCCUGUGGUGCUACAGAACCACGCCGAGGAGGGCGACAGGCAAAACACCUUUCGCCCUGUGCUACGGCUUUGAGGCGAAGGCGCCCACGGAGGUAGCCAUCCCCAGCCGGCGGGUGGAGCAAUAUGAGCCUGACAACAACGAAGAGAACAUGAAGAUUGACCUACACCUGGUUGAUGAGAGGCGUGAGCAAGCUUACGUCCGAGCACAGAACUACCGGCGUCAAGUGAAAUCAUACUAUGACGCCAAGGUACGUUCCCGGGAAUUUCAGGUGGGGGACUACGUCCUCCGCCGAAGGGAAGCAAGCCAGCCGACAGAGGGUGGCAAGCUAGCAUUGAAGUACGAAGGGCCCUACAUCGUCAGUGCCGUGGUCAAACCCGGCACCUACAAGCUUAAACGACCGAAUGGAUCCAAUGUACCACGAAUAUGGAAUGUACAUCAUCUGGUGAAGUUUUAUCAGUAAUCCGAAGGAGGUGUAGACGGUGAAGCCCUCACCCCUUAACGGGUUACUGAUUGAACGCCACCCUCGGCCUCGAGCCACUUAUGAAUAAAAUCAUGUUCUGAUUUUUUCUCUGGAAUUUAAAGUAAAACAUUAGCAGGUGCCCUCGUCGGCCACCUUAGACCGAAAGGCUCAGGUCUGGCCGACAUGGCCCCUUGCAUUUGCAGCCUGCGAGCGACAAGCUCAGGCACUCCAUUGUAUUUUGUAUCAGCGAAGGGCUCAGGCCUAGCUGAGAGAGCACAUCGUCCUGGCCCCGUAAGCCUAGAAGUGAAACACUCAGGUAUGGCCGACGAUGUCCCCAGGACGAGGGGCCCGCAAACGGCCCACGUCUUGAAACGGGAAGCUCACCGCGUCGUCCACGCGCCAGAUCGCAGGACGACAGGCCUGAAAUCAUGGCCGAGGUGACAAAAUCCCAAAACUCAGGGAUGAGCAACGACAGCCGUUGGAAACCGACCAAAAGUCUAGCCCGCGUCAUAAAUAGGCGACGGGACCCGCCCUGAGACCACGGACGUUAUAAACGAAGUCCAAACCGGCCGAAGGACGAGCACACCCUUCGGCCGAAGCCUGAAAGAAGGAUACCCCCCGAAACGAAAAAAAAAAUAUAUAUAUAUAUAUACAUGAGGGAAAAGAGGGAAGCCGACGGCCGUGCACACUUGCCGGCCUCGAGCAAUGAAAAAAUAAAAAUCCCCACAAUUCAGGCCCAUUUUGGCCAGGUACAUAUCAGUCGAACACAGUGUAGUACCACAAACAGUUAACAUGGACGACGCGUCCACACACUUCGAGGGAACAAUCAAGGCCGAUACACACGCCUAUAAAACCCUAACCACAUCGGUUGGGUGACACGCGCGAGGUGACCUUCAUCGGCCACAUUCCUUUGAAGCACCAACGCUUGGAAUGAAACCGAGCAUCGCAAUCCUAAGGAUGACCGGGACGAAGCGGGCACUCAUCACACUCGCGAAAGGAACAAGCAAUUAAGAAACAACCUCUACUUGCCACAGCACCUCGGAUGGCCGACGCAGGCACCGGAACCAUGGCCAGCCGCCGAAGGCAGGACCAUCUCCUCAGACAAGCUAUUCCUUAUCCAGCACCCUCAUCGGCCACAAGCCAGACCUUGGCCGGCAGUGGCACCGCGAAGACGUAAAUACCUAACAUUUAUACUCAGGAAAUUAUCUAAGUACUCAAAUGAAGGAAUUCUAGCCGAAGCGGGUACCAGUAUGCUACAAGGCCGAUUAGCCACCUACACCUCUACAUGUGUACUUGUGAAAAAUUCAAAGUCCACAAGACUAUGGUGACGGUGCCCUUUUCGGCCAGAACACAGGGAUACAAGCCGACAACGGCCCUGGCCAAAACACCUGGGAUGAAUCCAAGGCCAGGACGAUAAGGACGCCAACGCCUGGACGGAACGGACACUGCGGUCAAGGCUAAAAACAGAAGCACCUAAAAGGAAUCCAAAACACUUAGGAAAUUUUUUGAAAAAAAAAAAACUUAGUGUUAUGAUGGCAAAGGAACACCGGUCAAGCCGACAAGGCCACCAGGCCGAAAGGAAAGCACCUAAGUGGAUCCCAAAACACUUAGAAAUUUUUUGGAGAAAUUCCUAAGUAUUAUGGAACUACGUCCAAGCCGAUCAAGCCACUAGGCCGUAAAGACAGCAGCUACAUGGAACCAAAAACACUUAGGAAAAUUUUGAUACGAAAUCCCAAGUGUUAUGACAGUAAAGCAAAGAGGCAUAGGCCGACCAGACUACUGAACGGGAAGGCCAACCUCACGGACGUAGCGGACACUCGCGGAUGACCCAAGUUAUGACUUAAUACUUAAGACAAUUUACAGAAUUGAAAUGACAAAGCAAACAAGCACACAAAGGAUUCAAGGCCGAAAAGGACAGCAAAAAUUUCUUCAAUUGAUAAAAAUCAUUACAAUUGGGGGGCACUACGGCCAUUACAUAAUUGGGCAACAAAUGAAAAGCUAACUACAAUAGGGACUAGCCGAUCAAGCCUCCGGGGCUGCCUCUUCAACCUCGUCGGCCCCCUCCUCAUCGGCCUCAGCUUCCUGGCCGGCAGCGGCGCUGGUGGCAUCAUCCAAGAAAUCGAACUCAGUAUAGUCCGACUCACCGAGGCCGGAGCUUUCUAUGGGGGAAUCCCGCUCCGACAGCGGAAGCGUGGCCUGCCCUUCGGGAUCCUUCAUCAGCUUUGGGAGCUUCAGGUUCCGUCUAGCCCAUCCAGCCGUGUAAUUCAUGGCCUUCAACGCCCGGGAUAGCCGCCGGUACAGGAGCCUUUGCAUCCGCUCCUGGCCCAGGUUGUAGUAAACAGACAUCUCCUGGCUGAAAUACUCCCGGCCGGCAGGGGAGUUCAUCCCCCAAUUCUCUAGCUUGGCGGCCACCACCUCGUAGCACCAGGGGAGCCUCUCAUCGGCCUUCCACCCUUCGGCCAAGAACUUCUCAACAGCCUCAUCGGCAGCCCUCACGACGGCGGCCUCGGCCUCAGCUUUCGCCUUGGCGGCCUCCUCGCUCCUGCGCUUCUCGGCCUCAAGCGCUCUACGGGACUCUGCGAGCUCCCUUUUGCUCUCUUCGAGCUGGACCAGGGCAACGUCCCUGGCCGCGACGGCCUCAUCAGCUUUGGCCUGCAGCGCCUUGGCAUCCUCCCGAAGCCGGUCAAGGCAAGCUACCGCCUCGUCGGCCGAGGCAGCCUUCUGCUCCAGUGCUUGCAGGCGGACUAUCUCCCAGUACUGCCUCUUAUGGCUUUCCAUAAGCAUGAAGGCACUCUGCAUAAGAAACACUAAGGUCAGGCACAAACUCUACAUAGACGAAGAAAGACAUGGAUAUAAGGACAAUCACUUACUUGGACGAGGAGAUCCAUGCCGCCCUCAUAAAUCUUCGGGUCCUCGAGCUUCUUCAGAUGAGCCCGAUCUUUGGCCGGCAUGGCCUUGGCCAGGACGACAUGGCCGGGGACGAGCUCAUUAAACACGCCCCCACCGACGGGGUACUCUAUCACUUUCUGAUAGGUGGCACCGGCAACCUCCUUGCCGGCCCUCUGCGUCCGUGGUUCCUGGACGAGAGGAAGCGCUGGGGCGGCAUCAUCAGCAACAGUAAGGUCCACGACGGGACCACCAUCGCCCACGCUGGGGACAGUAAGCGUACCGGCCUCACUGGCCGGAGAAGGGGAAGGAGCCCUCUUCGUCUUCUUAGAGACGCUCACGCCGGCCUCGGUCAACUUUUUCUGGCCGUCAGUGGCCGGUCUCUUUUUCUUGGAUGGGGCAGGCUUUGGGGCCGCAUCUGCAGUAGCCCCGCCCACACCGGCCGCGGCACGCCUGGCCGCUUCGGCCGCCUUAGCAGCAAUCUCCUCGGCCGCUUUGGCCUUUGCAAUAGCCAUCAUGGAACGGCGGUCCAUGACAAAAUCUACAAGGGAAAAGCACAAACAGAUUAGUAGGGCAAAGGACAAAACGUAAAAACAGAAAGCCGAAGAAAAAUUACCAUCGGCCUCAGCAGGAAUGCCCAAAGGCGGGCCAUCGGCCUCCUCAAAGGUGGUGGUCAUCCUCGGCCAGAGUUGGAGGUCAUCCUCCUUAUCUCCAUACAAGUGAUAUCUGAAGAAGCCGAGGGCCGUCAUCUUGUAUUCAGUGAUGUAAUCUUUCACGCUCCUCGGCCCCCCUUCCAGGAAAGCCUCCACCUGAGCGUCCAAAAUAGAGCUCUUCGGCGGGUCAUGAAGGUUGAACCUCCCGGUAUGGCCGAGGGAGGGGAACUCGGUGCCACUCUCACCAAUGGACACAAACACGAACUUGCUCUUCCACCCAUGAAUGGACGUAGGCAAAUCCGUGAAGCUCCUCUUCCUCGGCAGCUGUUGAAGAGUGGCAUAGGCCGCACAGUUCUUGUGGCUUCCUCGGCCGAUCUGGUACAAGUUCAUGAAUAAGGCCGUGGUCGGCCUGUAGCCCAACUCCUCACACCGAAGCAAGAAGCCCACUAUCAAGGAAUAACUGUUCGGCGUCAGCAGGGCCGGAGGAAGCCCCACCAUGUCCAGAUACUCGGUGACGAAAGGGUGAAGGGGGAACCUCAACCCCUUAGCAAAACUCAUCGGGUAUACUCCGAAGUAUCCCGGUGGCGGAAGUAGAACAUGGUCCGUCGGCCUGGGUGCCCUAACCCGCCCGAACGGCCCCACGUACAUCUGGGCGACAAGAUAGUCGGCCUCACUGCUCUCCGGCUUAAUCAGGAAUAUGUUAGUAAGGUCCAAGUAGGAGAGACCCGGCCCAUUCUUCGGCCUCCUCACCCUCUUCGGCUUCGCUGCGCCCUUCACGGCAGAUACCGGCCUCGGGCACGGAACGGCAGCAGAAGUGGACGCCCCGUCCACCGCCCGGGACGCGCCUACGUCCUCACCCUCUGAAGAGGAGGCGGACUCCUCGUCCUCGAUCUCCUCGUCCAUCAGCUCUCCGGAUUUGUAGGGGCUCAAACGCUCUAUCUCCUCUUCAAACUCCUCGAGCACCUCGUAGUCAAGGGACCUCGUGGAGGGCUGGUCGUCGUAGGGGUAGUAGUCCUCGUUCAAGCUCUUCAUUACUACUACUACGGGCUUAAGGAGAACUUACGAUCUAAAGGUGUUUAAAUGCCUAACACUAGAUCAACUACUUACGGAGCAAAAUAUGAAAAGUGAGGAAGAUCGUGAUGAACACUAACCUCAAACAAUGAAGAACACGAAGAACAGGCUCGGGAGUUUCUCUCUCUAGAAAAUCGGCCAGCACUUCGACAAAUUCAGAAUGCAAAUGUGAUUCUUCGUCGGAGGGGAAGGGGUAUUUAUAGACCCCCCCACCAACGGUCACUACACGUGGCACUCACCCAAUGGCCACAUCAACGGCCACCACUGGGGGGCCACCACGUCACCAACGGGCCAGGACCAACCCAUAUCAACGGCCCACUGGCAAAUCAGACUCUACGGCCUACACACGCUCAACGGCUUUACAACUGCCAGCAAGCGCCCACAACGUCCCACUUGCUCACCAAUAUCACAAAUGCCAAACAAUAAGAGGAUGGCAACGGCCAGGUACGUGACGGCCACAGAACAAAGGGAACAAAUAGCCCACAGCCUUCGGCUCCUCGUAAUAACCCUUGAUGAUAACUCUCUACAAGCGAUCUGCGCACAAGGGUUCUCCCACAGGGUUACCUUGGCCAGAAAAUCGCCAUGAGAGUUGGACUCAGGGGGACUACGGCGAGACCGCUUCGGCCAAGGACUACGGCGAGACCGCUUCGGCCAAGGACUACGGCGAGACCGCUUCGGCCAAGGACUCAAGCAACUCCUUCACCCCUCACACUCUUCGGCCUGAAGCAGUGGGGGACUGGGGGACUACACCGGCCUCAACGAAACAAAGGUAUAAACAAGGUAACCACAAAACAUGGCCACAUAAUCCAUACAGCACAACAGAACUUCAUCGGCCAAAGGCCCAUAACGUCACUAGCAACGGCCAACAAGCCACUAGAGGCAAGGACACUCAUCGUCCUCCGCCAACAAUUAAUCUUGACGGGCCCUUCGGCCAAAAACACGAAGGCCAACCAGCAACGGCCAAAAGGAGUGCGCAAACACCCUCAUCGGUCACCCAAAGGAAAGGACGCCAUCGUCCUCGAAACAAGGUUCAACCUCAGUGGCCUCACCGGCCCAAAUGUAAACUUCAAACUACCAACGUCCAAAUAAGGGAAAGCGCGCCUUCAACGGCCACCAUUGAAGCAGGACACUCAUCGUCCCCAAACGAACACAUCAAGGAAACAACGGCCCCCCUGCCAACAGUUAACCAUAAGGAGCAGGUAACGGCCAAAGCACAGAACAGGAUCACCAAAGAGAAAACAACGCCAACGCCGCAACGGCUAACGGCCUGGAAAUGCCCGCGUCGGCCAAAAGCAACAAAGCACAGAAAUCUACUCUCCUUCACUUCGUCUACGUCUCAGCUUAGAGAGUGGGGGAUUCCUGAUGGAGUAUAUGGGUCUGAACCCCAGGACCCACAUACUCGGAAGAACAGAGCACAAGACAGCAGAGUGGCGCCCUCGUCGGCCAAGGCUCCCCCGUCGGCCGAGAGGAAGCCAACUCAGAUUACGGUCCUGAGUCCAAGGAACCCGGGUGCCCUCGUCGGCCGUGCCCUCGUCGGCCGCGCCCUCGUCGGCCACGCCCUCGUCGGCCACGAGGACCUCCCAGAAUCGGAUCCUAUACUUACUCAUUUGUACAGCCCAUUAGUGGCUUUGUAUUCGGCCCAGUAGCGGUCCAGUUGUAAAUGGGCCUCCCAAGCCCAAGGCUUGGGAGCCCAACCCUAAUUUUCUCUAUAAAUACUCCCUUUGGGAGUAGUUAUAGGGGUUACAAAAUCAUUCUAUUGAAGCAUAUUAUUGCACUUCUCUCUCUAGCUCUCACUUCUCUCUAGAAUCUAGGAGUUAAUACUCUAUCAGUUGCCAAACUCCACAUUGCCAUGACUCCCAAUGCCCCGUUUAACAUCCACACCACCCCUCACAAAAAAAGUAGCCACAUAGCCUUCUUGAAUAAUUGGGUCAAACCUCUGCCCAACACGUAUAAAGUAAACUUAGCUAUUCGUGCUCUCACACCAAAUGUCACUCGUUCAGCUGCCAUCAUUCGAAAUAGCGAUGGGAGCUAUAUAGGCCAAACAACCAAACAACCGUAGAGGCCUAUGAGGCCCUCGACUACAUCAUCCCUCUUCUAAACCAAUUGGUGCCUACUAAUAUUAUCCUUGAGGUGGAUGAUAAAGACAUUUACGCAAGUAUUGUUGGUCUCUCGAUCCAACAUUGGAAAUAUUGGCCAAAGAUUCACAAAAUCAAGAAAAAACUCAGGAUCAACACUUGGAAGGUCAGCCUCACUCAUCCUAAAGUUAAUAGAGCAGCAGAGUUCUUUGCUUGUCAUAGUAUGUCAAUCAAAACCAAUAGUCAUCAUUUCAACCAAUUUGUUGGUAUUCUUAAGUUUGAUGCUGUUAGUUUCCCUUAUGUUUUGUAAUCUUUUUCUCUCGUGAGUAGGCUUUGGUUCGGCCCUCCUACUCAUGUAACCUUUUACUAUUACAAUAAGUAAAUAAGUGAGGUGUUUCCUGG